GGGGGCACCGCCGGGCAGAGCGGCGAGGGACAGCCCGCCUCGCCGCCGCCUCCCGCGCCGCAGGACGAGAAGGAGCAGGGCCGGGAGGAGGAGAAGGAGCGGGGCAGUGAGGCGGGCUGCGAGGACCCGCUGGAGCACCCCGGCGAUAGCUGCCGGGAGCUGCCGCCGCCGCCCACCCCGGACAUCAACCAGCUGCCACCUUCCAUCCUCCUCAAGAUAUUUUCCAACUUAUCUCUGAAUGAGCGUUGCCUUUCAGUGUCAUUAGUCUGUAAAUAUUGGCGUGACCUCUGUUUAGAUUUCCAGUUUUGGAAGCAACUGGAUCUCAGUAGUCGUCAGCAGGUGACUGAUGAGCUGUUGGAAAAAAUAGCAUCAAGAAGCCAGAAUAUUACUGAAAUCAAUAUUUCUGACUGUCGCAAUGUGUCUGAUACAGGAGUAUGCAUAUUAGCAAUUAAAUGUCCUGGGCUCCUAAGGUAUACUGCCUACAGGUGUAAACAGCUUUCUGACACCUCUAUUAUUGCAGUUGCCUCUCAGUGUCCUCAUCUUCAGAAAGUGCAUGUGGGUAAUCAAGACAGACUCACUGAUGAAGGCCUGAAGCAGCUCGGUUCAAAAUGCAGGGAAUUGAAAGACAUACAUUUUGGGCAGUGUUACAAGAUCUCAGAUGAAGGAAUGAUCAUCAUAGCUAAAGGCUGUCUGAAGCUGCAAAGAAUAUAUAUGCAAGAAAACAAAUUAGUGACAGAUCAGUCAGUGAAAGCUUUUGCUGAACAUUGCCCUGAGCUGCAGUAUGUUGGUUUCAUGGGCUGCUCUGUUACUUCAAAAGGAGUCAUUCACCUUACCAAUCUAAGAAACCUCUCGAGCUUGGAUCUACGCCAUAUCACAGAACUGGAUAAUGAAACCGUGAUGGAAAUAGUAAGGAGAUGCAAAAACCUUAAUUCUCUCAAUCUGUGUCUGAACUGGAUCAUUAAUGACAGAUGUGUGGAGGUGAUUGCCAGAGAAGGACGGAACCUGAAAGAACUGUAUUUAGUAUCCUGUAAGAUCACAGACUAUGCUCUGAUAGCCAUUGGGAGGUACAGCAUGACAAUAGAGACUGUUGAUGUUGGAUGGUGCAAAGAGAUCACGGACCGUGGAGCCACCCAGAUUGCUCAGCGCAGCAAAUCGCUCCGGUACUUGGGACUGAUGAGAUGUGAUCAGGUGAACGAGGCUACAGUGGAGCAGCUGGUGCAGCAAUAUCCACAUAUAACCUUCAGUACUGUGCUGCAGGAUUGCAAGAGAACACUGGAGCGGGCUUAUCAAAUGGGCUGGACACCCAAUAUGUCCUCUGGCUCCUAACCUUCUGUACCAACGUGUUCCACUCUGCUGCAUUCAGUAUAUCUAAUGGGGAUUGCAGAAGGGUUUAUAACCUUUCAUAUGAUGCAAUAUAGUUGUGAGUUUACAGAGGUUACAGUAAAAUGGCAAAAGCUGUACACUGAUCUUAAUGUACUGUACAACUAAGUACAAAUAUUGAAGCAAAAUUUUUGGAAAUGCAUUGUGGUUUUGUUUGCAUAAAAGUUAUAAAAGCCUUUGGCAAAUUUCUUGAAGUGGAUUCCUACUAGUUCUCUGGAUAGUUUGAGUUAUAGAUGUUAAGCUUGUUUUCCUCUGUUUACUUUGCCUUGGUCAUGUGUGUUUCCUUUGAUCUGUAAAUGGUAACUCAGUGCUAGCACCAGUGCAGUUGAUCAACAGAGGCCUGUGUUGAAACUGGGAACUAAACUUGACGCUUCUUAUUUACUAAAGCUAUGCCAGACGUUUUAAGACACAAAGUAAUAUGAAAAUCUACAGUGAACUUUUUCUUAUCAACAUCUUAGCUUUUUUUUUCCUUUAAAUAUAAGAAGCUGUACCAAUAUUAAAAUCUUUCCACCUUUUAAUAAUUAAUAAUUAAUUAAUGACAUUUUAAUAAUGAGAAUACUGCUUACCCUAACAAUAAUAACCAGGUACACUUCUUGAAGACAGAGAAUAAGUGAGUACACCAACUAUCAGAAAUAAGUUGGCAAUGCUUAUUAUAUAUGGCUGAAAAAAAUCGCUGUCUAUUGUAAAUGAACUUGUCUCCUCUGACUGUGCUGUUCUGUUGAUGAAUUGGAAAAUUCAGAUGAAUGGGUGUACGUCAAUAACAGGAUCCCGCAGAUUUUACAAUGCAAGUAGUGCUUACCUUGAGAAGGCCAUCUAAACAUGAGUCCCAUCAUCAGUAUAAUUUUGUAGGAUCAGAGGCUUCUUAAUAGUGUGUACAAGGAAAUAUCCAAAUUAGACACACAGAAUGUUUUAUUUUCUUUGUGGGACUGUUAUGGUUUAACCCCAAACAGCAAUCUAGUAUCACACAGCCUCUCUAUCCCUCCCUCUCACACACUGCAUUCUAAGGAGUUAAAUUUGAGCAGGGAAUUGUGAAAAUACAGACAUUGCAGCUUCAGUUUGGAGUUGCCUUAACCUUUAGAGUAUUACCAUUUGGUUAAGAAUGUUGUCAGGUGUGUAACACUGGAUAUUUGUUUUUCAAAGGUUACAGCAUUUUAAUCCAAACUAUGAAAUGCUUAAGCUUCAGCUGAAAAGUUGCCAUUAUUGUCAAAAUGUUUUGCUAAUCCAGAAGGCCUAAUGCAACAUAACAUAGGAGCUUGUUUAGUAUGGCUGUAUAACUCUGUGAAGCUAUUUGUUGAUUUCCAUAGCAUAAUUUUUUACAGCAGAAACAUCAGCUCACGUUCCUUCCAGUAAGGAUGUUGAAUGUUUUAUUAGACUUUUCAAAAUGGGGAUGAACUAAUUUCUCUGGAAAAAAAAAAAA